AGUGCCGUACACCUGGAACCCGCUUACUUUCUCUUGCAACCAUGGAACCGAAGGUCAGUCUGAAGCAAGACCCUGCGUACCAGAAACUUCAAUCUUUCUACGAUGAAAGCGCCGAAAAAAUCAAUAUUCAACAACUAUUCCAACAAGAUCCUGACCGUUUUAACAAGUUCAGUCUCCGCAUCCCAACACCCAACGAUGGAGACAUCUUACUGGACUACUCCAAAAACCGCGUAGAUGGUGCCACCAUGGCGCUUCUUCUUAAUCUUGCUAGGAAUCGCGGCGUUGAAAAAGCUAGAGAUGCUAUGUUCUCAGGUGAGAAAAUAAAUUUUACCGAAGACCGUGCGGUCCUUCACGUCGCCUUGCGUAAUCGCCAGAACAGACAGAUCCUCGUGAAUGGGAAAGACGUAACUCCUGACGUAAAUGCAGUGCUCCAGCACAUGAAGGAGUUCACUGAACAAGUCGUCUCUGGACAAUGGAAAGGAUAUACUGGCAAGCAAAUUACCGACGUGAUCAAUAUUGGUAUCGGUGGAUCGGACCUCGGCCCACUCAUGGUUACGGAGGCACUCAAACCUUAUGCUAACCAUCUUAAGGUACACUUCGUAUCAAACAUCGACGGUACCCACCUUGCAGAAGUAUUAAAGAAGCUAAACCCUGAGACAGCAUUGUUCAUCAUCGCAUCCAAGACCUUCACCACCCAGGAGACCAUUACCAACGCCACUUCAGCUAAGACCUGGUUCUUGGAACAGGCUAAAGAUCCUUCGGCAGUAGCGAAGCACUUCGUAGCUCUGUCCACGAACGCCGAGAAGGUGACCGGCUUCGGCAUUGACUCCAAGAACAUGUUUGGUUUUUGGGACUGGGUUGGCGGCAGAUACUCUCUAUGGUCUGCGAUCGGUUUGUCCAUUUCUCUUUACAUCGGGUUCGAGAACUUCGAAAAAUUGCUGGAGGGAGCCAAUUUUAUGGACCAGCAUUAUACCACUGCUCCUCUUGAAAAUAAUGCUCCUGUAAUUCUGGCGCUACUCGGUAUCUGGUACCACAACUUCCACGGCGCCGAGACUCACGCCUUACUGCCAUACGACCAGUAUUUGCACAGAUUCGCAGCCUACUUCCAACAAGGCGACAUGGAGAGCAAUGGCAAAUAUGUAACCCGUGCUGGACAGCAAGUUGACUACUCGACGGGUCCCAUCGUGUGGGGCGAGCCUGGCACGAAUGGACAACACGCUUUCUACCAGCUCAUUCAUCAGGGCACUAGACUAAUUCCCUGCGACUUCAUAGCACCAGCGCAGACUCACAACCCAAUUUCCAAAGGGCUGCAUCACAAAAUCCUGCUGGCGAACUUCCUCGCGCAGACCGAGGCACUUAUGAAGGGAAAGACUUCCGCCGAGGCCAAAGCGGAGCUAGAGAAAUCUGGCAUGGCACCUGAGGCUGUGGCAAAGAUCUUACCCCACAAAGUAUUUAAAGGCAACCGCCCUACCAACUCCAUAGUCGUUAAGAAAGUUUCUCCGUUUGUACUUGGCGCCCUUAUUGCAAUGUAUGAGCACAAGAUCUUCACGCAAGGAGUUAUCUGGGACAUCAACUCGUUCGACCAAUGGGGCGUCGAACUCGGCAAGCAACUGGCCAAAGCCAUCGAGCCUGAAUUGCAGGACAACAAGCCCGUUAACUCACACGAUGCGUCUACAAAUGGUCUCAUUAACUUCCUUAAAGAAAACUUUUAAAAUUGCCCGUGAUUUGUAUCUGAUAAAAUGCAAAACUUUUAAUUUGAAUUGGUUUUGAAAAUUUAUUUAUUUUUAAAUAAGCGUUUACCUCUUUUUGGAAAAAAUCGUGCCCAGUUGAGACUCGGUAUGUUGUCUUCUUGCGCAUAUAUGGACGUAACUUACAAUUUUAACGGGAAAAUGUUCAUUACAUGGUUUUAUCGAAUAAAUCAUCCCUUUGGUUUGACCCGUUUGGCUCCCAUCCUCAUUUAAUUCUUAAGUUUGUGGAAAUAUAGGUUAUGGUUUUCCUCUUUAAUAUAUAGUGUGCCCUGUAAACAGUCGAUUCCUUGUUUUAAUAUACAGUUGGAAAUAUAGGUUAUGGUUUUCCUCUUUAAUAUAUAGUGUGCCCUAUAAAUAGUCGGUUCAAUAUACAGUGUGCCCAUUAUACGGAGGUUGUCAAAAUUGUAUUACCGUUUCAUUCGAGGUACAACCUUGAACCAGUAGUGGUUGGUUUUAAAUUAACACUACACUUAUCGAUGGCAUAUUUAUUUAUUGUCUUCGGAUUAACAACAGUACACUAAUUGUAUAUAGAAUCACAAUACAGAAAAUACAAUUGAGUGAAACUAAUUAUUAACCACAUGUUACAAUGAUAACAGUUAAAAAAAAUAAGUAUUGUCCAAACAAUUGAAUAUAAUUGAGAAAAAAAAAAUAGAAUAUUGUCCAAACAAUUAUAUUCAAUUGUUCUAAUUAGGGCACCAAGAGUGUGGGGGUGUGUGCUUGUGUGGAAUGUGUGUGUAAAAUGUUUGCCAUCGUGGUGAAAGGAUUAGCCAAUCAGCGGACGGUACAUACGUACAACAUAAAAUAGAGGAAUGGUACAUCGUGCGGGGAGGCUCUUUUCGUGCACCCCAGUUACGUAGUUAGAUUGUUGUGAUGUGCAUAAUAUAUUUUCGCCAAAAUUGUAAAUUACGUCGUUAAGGGACAGGUAAUUUUCGUAAUAAAUUGUACAUAGCAUAAUGAAUUUUAUGUCGAUUGUGUAACGUACAAAUUAGAUACGGUACAGUAGCUGCGAUAAUUACCGAGACUG